GCGCGCGGCGCAGGGUAAACAGUCGCGUGUCCUCAAGCGCUGAGGGAGGGACAGAGCGGAGCUAACUGCCAGAGAGAGAGAGAGAGAGGGAGAGAGAGGGAGAGAGAGAGAGCAAGCGAAUGAGGAAGAAGCCUUGCGACGUCGCCUCACACUGUAAUAGUGGAUUGUACUUCAGCUGGAGCGGCUUGGCAGGUUUAAACACAUCAAAACAGAACAAAGAGACGAGAGACGCUACAGCACUAUAAAAGAAUCUGCAAAAGAAAAGAGAAAAAGGGGACUGGAGAAAGAGAAAUCUCAGCGGCCAAAUGACAAAAGAAGCGAAGAAAAAGCACGGUUAAUAUCUUUCCAUGCGGUGACGGUGCAUUCGCCUGGACGCUUUUAAGGACAAAAUAGCAGCGUGUUUCCACCAGCAGAAGUUUACUCACGGGGCAAAGUUUUUUUUUUUUUUAAUGAUUUUUUUCCUUGAGAAUUUUUUUUCUUUUUAAGAAAUUCCAGAAACAACAUCAGCGGCAACAUAAGGAAGACUGUUGGCGACUUCAGAGGGCUUUUGGACACUGGCAUAUAGAAAAUAGGAAUUAUCAUUUCUAUUCAUCUGUUAUGUUUGACUUGUACGAAUAUUCAGAUUGCACAGUAUAACUUGCGGAUUUUUUUUUUUGUUUUUCAUCCUAUACCUGUGCACUGUAUCUUUUUGCUGGCAUUUGUUGCUUCGCACUUCGAUGGUGUUCGCCCCAAAAACCAACUCAGACUUUUAAAGUUUGAAUAAUUCAUGAGAUACAGUUUGCUUGCAUCGAAAAAAAGCGCGCGAGAGAAAGUUUCUGCAAAAAAAAGAAAAAAGAAAAGGGAGGGGGGCUUAAUCAACUGCUGUUCAUAAGAUUGGCGGAAUGGCCACGGCGGCUUCCAAUCCGUAUCUGCCCAGCAGUAGUAUAUUAUCGUCGGGUUCGAUAGUGCACUCGGACUCAGGAGGUGCGGGCAUGCAGCCGGGCGGCGGCGCGGCGACCUCGGUGUCCUCCGGCGGCUUCCGAGGCGAGUCAGCGGUGAAAAUGGUGCAGAGUGACUUCAUGCAGGGGGCCAUGGCGGCGGCGAGCAACGGCGGCCACAUGCUUAGCCACGCACACCAGUGGGUGACGUCGCUGCCUCAUGCGGCCGCCGCCGCCGCCGCAGCCGCGGUAGCAGCCGCCGAGGCCGCCUCGCCUUGGUCCACGAGUCCGGUGGGCAUGGCAGCCAGUCCGCAGCAACAACAGUCUCAGCAGCAACAGCAGCAGGAUGUGAAGAGCAGCACGGCGCGCGAGGAUUUGCACACUUCCAGCACGCUGCAUCACCGGCAUUUAGGUCCGCACCAGGCGCACACGGCUCCCUGGGGCGGCGCCGCAGCUGCUGCACACAUCUCCGCCAUUACCGCGAGCCAGCAGCAGCAACAACAACAGCAGCAGCAGCAGUCGCUCAUCUACUCGCAGCCCGGUGGCUUCACGGUGAACGGCAUGCUGAGUGGCGGCCAGAGUCUCGUGCACCCUGGGCUGGUGCGAGGCGGCACGCCGGAGCUGGAGCACGGCGCGCACCCGCACUCUCACCCUCACCAUCACCACCAUCAGCAUCACCAUCACCAUCACCACCACCAGCAUCAGCAUCAGCACCACCAGCAGCAGGGCCACCACGGCCCCAACAGCCACGAGGCACACUCGGAUGAGGACACGCCGACUUCGGACGACCUGGAGCACUUCGCCAAGCAGUUCAAGCAGCGGCGCAUCAAGCUUGGCUUCACGCAGGCCGACGUGGGCCUCGCGCUCGGUACGCUCUACGGCAACGUGUUCUCUCAGACCACGAUCUGCCGCUUCGAGGCGCUGCAGCUCAGUUUCAAGAACAUGUGCAAGCUCAAGCCGCUGCUGAACAAGUGGCUGGAGGAGGCCGACUCGAGCACGGGCAGUCCGACGAGCAUCGAUAAGAUCGCGGCGCAGGGCCGCAAACGCAAGAAGCGCACAAGCAUCGAGGUGAGCGUCAAGGGCGCGCUCGAGAGCCACUUCCUCAAGUGCCCUAAGCCGUCAGCGCAGGAGAUCAGCACCCUGGCCGACACGCUGCAGCUGGAGAAGGAGGUGGUGCGCGUCUGGUUCUGCAACCGCAGGCAGAAGGAGAAGCGCAUGACGCCGCCCGGAGUGCCCCCGACGCCGGACGAUGUGUACUCGCAGGUCGGCAACGGACAUUUUUUAGUAGAUUACUUAAAAGAUGCAAGUUUAAACGGGCCGAGCGAGGCGGGCGACCAGAAGGUGACAACAACCACACGUUCGUUCCAUCAGAAAAUACAAAAAAAAAUCAAAGAGAGACGUUUGAAAAGACUUUCCGGUUCCUCAGCUGCACUUAUUUGAAAUCCUCUGCGGGAGCUGUGGAUGUUCUCCAUGCUGCCAUUUCCAAGCAGUAUUCUUUGGUAGGUUUUAAUAAACGAGACUAUGUAAAGCCGGCAAUAUAUAGAUUCCUUAGAUCAGAUGUUGAUCGGAAUUAUUUACUUUAUAUUUUCAUUCAAAUGCUUUGUUUUAAUAUUUUAUUCGGGAUACAUAUGAACUAUUCCAAACAGUAAUUUAUUUCUCCCCGUUUCAGAACUGUGUAAAAAUAUUCUCGUCCCUGAUUUUUUUGUUUUUGUUUGUUUGUUUGUUUAGAUGAUUUUUUUUGUAUUGUUUAUUAUUAUUAAUUUUUUUUUGAACGAGCACAAAUCAAGAAGAGCAGACUUUGGCAGUAGACAACAAAGGGUAUUUUGAUGUGAUGAUUUGAUUGUAAUUUAAUUUUAGUAGUGAUUCCGUAAGAGAUGAUUGAGAACAAUAAAUUUGUUAGAAUGAACAAAAACAUGAUGAUUGUGUGUUUUGCCUGUAAGCUCGCAGAUCUUAAUACACACAGGAGAGUUCAAGUGGAAUUUAUUUUAUUCGAGGCUGUGAGAAGAAAGAUGGGCGAACCUAAUGAUGUGGCAGUUAGAAUGAUUUAUUAUAAUGAAUAAGAUAUUCUUCAAUGCUAAUUCAUCUGGGCCUCUUGUGUAGACUCAAACAACUCCACAUUUUCAGCUACAUCUUUAAAUUAUUUUCAGUGGGUUUUUUUUAAUAAUGCAGCAUGCCUUUUUUAAAAUCACGGAAUUUCUUGGGUUUUUUUCCCCCUCUUUCCAUGAGAUGUGCUCUUUUCUUUUGCACCAUGUUGUGUAGCAGCAGUAGUGGCUGUUCACUGGGCCUCGAUCCCACGGGGCAGAAGUUGCAGGCUUGUCCGAGGUGGAGUGUUUACAGCUGCUUAGCUUUUAGUUGCUCGCUUUUGUUGUGCACGUGAGUUAUCGUUUCUGGUUUCUUAUGACAGCUGUCAAAGUCAAGAUGCAUGCAUGCAUUAGCUCGCUUACAU